UAGCAAAAAUUAUUGAAUAGCGAACUGGCUAACAACGUUUCGUCAGACUUUUUGUUUGCGUUUAUUAAAAUUUUGGCAGCUCCUAGCCAAUGAUGGAUAACAUAAUUCGGAAAUUAUGUAUUUUGUGCGGAGUUUAGUGAUAUUUAGUGAUCAAAAGACAAUAUUUACGUAGUUUAAAGGAUAUACGUUCUUUCCAAGUGGACCCAUAUAUCGGAAAAUCAAAGUUGAUUCUCAGGAAUAUGCCACAAGAUACUGUUUCUACGCUCAGCAGCACUGUCGCGGCGGUAGCAGCGGCAUUCGUGGGGAAUACGACGCCUGCCGCCGUCGUUGAUACCGAUAACCACGUCCAUUCGCAGCCCUCCGAACCCAUUUUUUUGCAGACCAAACUUGCUCAGGGUAUUGCAGGAUUUUUUGUUUGGGCUGCAUUGUUUGUUACCUGCACUCAAAUCUACCACCACUUAAGGUGGUACACAAACCCAACAGAGCAGCGUUGGAUUGUUAGAAUUCUAUUUAUAGUUCCCAUUUAUGCGACCUAUUCUUGGAUCAGCCUACUGUUUUUUAACUCAGAAAGUUAUUAUGUUUACUUCUUUACUGUAAGAGAUUGCUAUGAAGCUUUUGUAAUCUACAAUUUCUUAUCACUAUGUUACGAAUACCUGGGUGGAGAAGGUAAUAUUAUGUCCGAGAUUCGAGGGAAACCGAUAAGAUCCAGUUGUAUGUUCGGCACCUGCUGUCUUCAAGGAAAAACUUACACAAUUGGAUUCCUCCGGUUCUGUAAACAGGCCACCCUUCAAUUUUGCCUUGUGAAACCUCUUAUGGCUUUCAUCAUUAUUUUUCUACAAGUAUUUGGACAUUAUCAUGAUGGUGAUUGGAGUCCUGAUGGUGGUUACCUCUACAUAACAAUUAUCUACAAUAUUUCUGUCUCUCUUGCCUUGUAUGGGUUGUUCCUAUUUUAUUUCGCUACAAGAGACCUGUUGACGCCUUUCGAACCAGUACUUAAAUUUUGCACCGUAAAAUCUGUGAUUUUCUUAUCUUUUUGGCAAGGUGUGGGAUUGGCUAUUCUUGAAAAAGCCGAUAUAAUUUCGCCAAUUAUUGACAGCAGCGGUACCAGGACCUCAGCUGGUACUGUAUCCGCCGGUUAUCAAAAUUUCCUGAUUUGUAUUGAGAUGUUCUGCGCAGCUGUUGCCCUGAGAUAUGCUUUUCCUCAUAGAGUAUACGUUCAAGGAUGUGUUACAGAUUCCAGGGGACGUUCUGUUACUAUGCAAAGCAUUUCUAGCAGCCUUAAGGAAACCAUGAAUCCAAAAGAUAUUAUGACAGACGCCAUUCAUAAUUUUCAUCCACAAUACCAGCAAUAUACGCAGUAUAGCUCGGAUGUGAUGUCACACCAACCGUACGAGCGACUGUGAGCCGGCUGGCGCAUGCCCUGCAUGGAUGUCGUUUAUUAUGCUAGAAUCAUCAGGGCUUUAUACUCAAAUAAGUUUUAGAAAAUAUAAGAGAAAAUCUGUUUGCAUUUUGCGUUGUAAUUUAUUGUUCAUGAACGCUAAAUGCUCUUAUAUUAUGCUUUCACUUAUUCACAUUUCCACCCAUCAGCUACUAAGACCCAUUUUUACUAUUACAUUAUUUGGUCCAUUUACAUUACAUGUACAGAGAGAGUAUUUGGAAAGUCGGCUGUACUUAGGCAUUUUGACGUUAAUGUAGGUAGUCAAAAGUAGACUGAUUUUUAUUUUGUUUAAAAUGUUAAAAUUAAUUAAUUUAAAAUGUUUAUUUUGUUUUUAUAAAGGUUGCAUUGCAUAUUUCCUGUUGUGGAUUUAUUGUAUAAAAAAUUCCAAUAUGGCCCUAUGGAAUGGAUGGGUAAAAGCUGGGUCUUUUCCAAUAUCUAUUUUAUCACAAUUUACAAACAUUUAAAUAUCAAAAGAUAUCAGGCACGUAUGUACUUAGCAGCUUUCUUUGUACAUUUGUAAAUAUUGUUGCAUCAGACUAAAAGAUUAUUAGAAAGUAAGAGACAUAUUUAUAUUGUAUUUUUUCAAUCAAGCAAUGUGAGUUUUAAAGAGUAAAUUUUACCACUGCAAGAAUUAAAAGAGGGUUAUUAAGCUUUAAAAAUUAAAAUAUUCGUAAUACAUAUACAUUUUUAGUAACUAAUAUUGGCAUUUGUGGUAAAAUAAGUGCCUGUAAGGGGUGUGAGAUAGUAAUAUGUUGCUCUAUGGGGAUGAUAAUUAAUUUUAAGUAUUUACAGAACGCACCUCUCUACCUUUAUGUUAGAAUAGAGGCGCUAUUAAUUUAAUAACUUUGUCAUACUAAAACUGGAGAGUUCCCAUUGUUUCAAAUAGUGGCUGAGAGCAAUUAGCUUGCAGAUCUCCAUUACAUUAAAGUGAUAUGAUUAUUAGUUUGUGCUAGAAACUAAAUUGUUCUAGCUUAUUAAGCAGGAAAGAUGUAAGACCCUUCAAACAUUAUUACAAAAAUUAACUAAAAAAUGCAUUAUUUGGACAACGGAAAUUAUUGACGUAACAGAAGAUAAGCGAAUUUGUUGACCAUUUUAUUUAUAUUUUUCUGACGUAAUAAUUAUAAUAAAUAUUUAUUAGUAUAUAGUUAUUUUAUAUGUAAUUUUGCUAGCCUGUGACUUUCGUUAUAAGGCAUGCGCAUGCACCACUUUUUGAAUUAUCAAAUUAUAUAGGGUCCUACAUGUCUUGAUUCGUUUUGUUCAUAGUUUGUAUAUAGUAUUACGUUAUUAGUAUUUUAUUUUUAGAAAUCCUACCAUGUUUUAUUUUAUUAUGUACCUUUUUAUUUUUUAAUAAACGGCUUGGUGUCUUUU